UCGUUUAAGUUCUUUGUUUCUCGGUUUCUGCAUCGGAAAAUGAGGCUAAUAACAGUAUGUAUCUCAUAGUUUUAGGAUAAUUAAAUAAGUUUAUAUGAAAAGCAUUUAAAACAGUUCCUGGCAAAUAGCAUACACCAUAAAAAUAUUCACUAAAUAAGAUACAAAGAAACAUGUCAAUGUGGGAGACCCAGUAAGAACCAGGAAAUUCCAAGUUUGUUAUCAAAGCUCUUCACUCACAGGGCUUUAAUCCAAAUGCCCUCGUUAACUUCUACUUCUGCUUUUCCCAGUGUCACCAGGGAGUGAGUAGAAAUAAAGCUCCUAUCCCACCUCUUGGGAUUGUCCCCUCCCCUGGAAGGCCCAUAAUCUCCUUGCAUGUCAGCCUCUUCUCAGAAGUGAUUAAGGGGCCAGGCUCCAAAGCAGAUUAAAGGAACAGUCUGUGGCGUGCUCAGGGCAGGGGUACUCUACUGAGUUCAACCACCCUGCACUCCAAGAAUCAGCACCCAUGGCCCUUGUGCCAGGGAGCAGCGAGGAUGGGCCUUGGCCUACAGAUAGCCCAGGCUCUUCCCAGCAACCAGAAAGUCCUAGACUGACCAACCCUCUCUGGGAGGACAGAGGAGAAAUUAGCCAGGUUGAAGGUCACCAGGAUGUUCAGGUUAGUACUUCCCCACCUUGUGUCUUGAUGUUGGCUCAUCCAAUUUGGCCCAAGCCCCCUGCUGUGCCCAUCCAGGUUGUCUGUCAAAAGACCCGCCUCCCCUCCAUUGUGGUGGAAGCCUCUGAGGCUGAGGCGAGUGAAGAGAGUGGGGAGCUCCGGUGGCCACACGAGCAGCUGCAGCUGAUCACUGAUGAGGAAGAGGAGGUUGAGGUCUUCUUCCAGGACCAAAGUGAAGAACCAGGCUGGACUUGGAGCUCACUGGACCCCAAAUGCCCCUUAAGAACCUUUAACCCAGAACUCAGCUGGGGGCAGGAACAGGUAGAUCAAGAUGCCUCCUGGAUUCCAGAGGAGACAGAUUGUCAGGAAGCCCCCAAUCCCUGUCCUCUCUGGGACUCAGCAUCAGGUUCCCGUGUCUGCAGAAGCUGCUUUGUGGAAUAUUCCCAUUUCCUGCCUCCCAGGAGCUUUGAGGGUAAGUAUCACUCUCCCCAAACAUUUUACCUAGGUUUAUGA